CAGUUCCAAGAUGGAUCUUCAGCAAUAUUACGAGUAGUCUCAUUGAGCUUUUCAAAAAUACAGGGACAAAUGAAAUCCUCAAGAUAAUAUAAAACACAACCGAGAGAAGGAUAGUUCAAUGAAAUGUGGGGCUCCUUUUGUACAUAUCAAGCAUGUAUAAUUAAUUUUGAGAGAUACAUAGACCUGAUGCCACACUAAACAGCAAUAUAUUGGCGCCCACUUCAACUGUUCUGAUACAGCAAAAAUGGAACCAUCCUUUGAUAUUAUUGCCUGGUUUGAUAAUGUAUCGGAGAAAGCUGGCCUUGUCCAGACGGAGACUCUUCGCCGGAUUCUUGAACUCAACUGGGGUGUGGAGUAUCUCAAGAGAUGGUUCGGAGAUAUCAAAAUUCAAGAUUUGGAUGCAUGUGCAUUGGAAUCUCUAUAUACUUCUUUGGUGCCUCUUGCUUCCCAUGCAGAUUUAGAGCCUUAUAUUCAUAGAAUUGCAGAUGGAUACACUUCUCCUCUACUUACUAAACAGCCUAUAACUACUCUCUCCUUAAGCUCUGGAACUACAGAGGGUAGACAAAAGUUUGUUCCUUUCACUCCCCAUAGCUCCCAAACUACUCUUCAAAUUUUUAGCUUGGCAGCUGCUUACAGAUCAAGGGUUUAUCCAAUAAAAGAAGGAGGGAAGAUCUUAGAAUUCAUAUAUGGAAGCAAACAGUUCAAAACAAAAGGAGGGUUAACUGUAGGAACAGCUACAACCCAUUAUUAUGCAAGUGAAGAAUUUAAGAUCAAGCAAGAAAAAACUAAGUCCUUCACAUGUAGCCCGCCAGAAGUGAUUUCUGGUGGAGAUUAUAAGCAAUCCACUUAUUGUCAUCUUCUACUUGGCCUCUUCUUUUCUGAUCAAGUAGAAUUCAUAACCUCCACUUUUGCUUACAGCAUAGUACAAGCCUUCACAGCGUUUGAAGAGCUAUGGAAAGAAAUAUGUAAUGACAUUAAAGAAGGCACUUUAAGUUCAAGAAUCACUGUACCUAAAAUGAGAAAAGCUGUUUUGGAUAUAGUUUCAACUCCAAAUCCAUUUUUAGCUUCAAGAAUUGAAGAAAGCUGCAAGAACCUAGAAAUUCUCGAUUGGUUUGGAUUGAUUCCUAAACUUUGGCCUAAAGCAAAGUAUGUUUAUUCUAUAAUGACAGGGUCAAUGCAACCUUAUUUGAAAAAACUAAGGCAUUAUGCAGGUGGGUUACCAUUAGUGAGUGCUGAUUAUGGAUCUACAGAGAGCUGGAUUGGAGUUAAUAUAGAUCCUUCUUUGCCUCCAGAAAAUGUUACUUUUGCAGUUAUACCUACUUUUUCUUAUUUUGAGUUCAUGCCACUUUAUAGACAGAAUCAAGAUUGUAGUUCUGCUAAUGAUGACUUCAUAGAAGAUGAACCUGUUCCACUCUCUAAAGUCAAAGUUGGACAAGAAUAUGAGAUUGUUCUCACUACUUUUACUGGGCUUUAUAGAUAUAGACUAGGGGAUGUAGUAGAAGUUGCUGGUUUCUACAAAGGGACCCCUAAACUGAACUUCAUAUGCAGAAGAAAGCUAAUACUAACAGUAAACAUAGACAAGAACACAGAAAAAGACCUUCAACUAGUGGUGGAGAGAGGGUCUCAGCUACUGAGCAAGGCUAGAGCAGAGCUUGUAGACUUUACAAGCCAUGCUGAUGUGGUGAACCAACCUGGGCAUUACAUAAUUUACUGGGAAAUAAAAGGAGAGGUAGAAGAAGGUGUUCUUGGAGAGUGUUGCAGAGAAAUGGAUGAGUCUUUUGUUGAUCAUGGUUAUGUGGUUUCAAGAAAAGCUCAUUCUAUUGGACCUCUUGAGCUUUGCAUUGUAGAGAAAGGAACUUUCAAGAAAAUCUUGGAUUAUUUCAUAGGAAAUGGAGCUGCUUUGAGCCAGUUCAAGACACCUAGGUGCACAAGCAACCAAGUACUCUUGAGAAUUCUUAAUGUUUGUACCAUUAAAAGGUUUCUUAGCACUGCAUAUGGCUAAUAUGUUCAUUAUUGAAAGUGGGUUUCUCCUCAAAUAACACUCUAUAACCUAGCUACUAGCUAGAUUUCUUCUUUGUAAUUCUAGAUCAAGAGAUGGAAACAAAUUUUGCCAUUUUCCCCC